AUGUCUGUUCCUUUCCAAGGGGUAUUAAAACGAAGUGGAGGCAUAACUGCAGCAAUAGCGAAACAAUUAAGAACACUUACAUUAAAACCAGUAAAUAAGGUUUCUAUUAAAUUUGAUCCUUUCCACCACAAGAUAGAGCAAACAAGAUAUUUUAUGCACUACAUUACAGCUCCUAAAGUGCAGAAAACAAAUUUAGCUUGUAAAUUCAAGACAGAAGUUAUUUGUGACCGCUCUGAUCCCAUAGUAACAUUCAAGUUAGCAAAUGGUGAUGAGGUAAUUUUUAAAUCUGCAAAUCUAUCAGUGCUGGAGAUGUUUAAGCUUUAUAACAAGCAUAUAACAGUUCUUGCACCUAAAGAAACUGAGACUGCACCACCUAUUGUAACUAAAUCUGUAAAGAAGACAACAGGUACAAAAUCGCAACCAAAGAAAAAGUAA